AGAAUUUGUAUAAUUCAAAACUCAGUUUGACACAAAAUGCCCAGGAAAAAUAGAGGUGCAGUUGAGUCUAGCUCUCUUGCCUUCCACAAGACCCCACCUCCAUCUCACAUACUUGCAGAGAUGAAAACACUCCAGUAUGAUUCCUCUUUAAGAAAAAUCUUGUAUCAUGAGCCAGAGAGGAAAAUGGCUCAUUUCAGAUGCUCCUGAAUCCAUCAUUCCCAAUCUCCUUUCUUCCCUGUGGGUACAGAUGGAAACUUUUGGCCCAGAGAGAACAUGAGAGAUUUUUCUCAUCAUUUUUACCAGGACUCUUCCAUUUAUGGUCCAAUAGGGGGAAACCUUGGAUUUACUCCUCCCCUUCCAAAGUCCUCCAAGGCAAAGCCUGCUUCUUGCUCCCUGCCUAGCUAAUUUGCUGCGCACAGGAUCCGUUGAGUCAAAGGGAUGAGUACUGCAGUCAUUUAAGCUUCAGGGAUGCAUGAAUAAUCUUUUUCCAAAACAAAAAAAAAAUUUAAUUGAAGAAAAUGUAUUCUGUUAUCCCCCUCCCCCCCCCCUCCCCAGCCCAAAGCCUUCUAUUUCAUGUCCAGGAUUCCUUUUUUUUUUUUGACAUCAAAAUUUUAAAAAGCAAAAAAAAAGACAAAAUCGAGGUAGACUCUCCUGAGGCUGCACCUGGACUGAGAAGGGGAAAAGCUGCAGGCUUGCUUAAACCGCUUCGCCUUUCUUUAUAGUGUUUUAGAGCUCUCUGGUGACUUCACGGCAAAUAAGGCCCGAGGUUGGAGUCUGAGGGGUUGAGGAUCUUUCAUUCCCAACGGUCACGUGGUGCGCAAGUGGGUGGCCUUUCCGGGGCAGGGAAGUGAUUCCCUCCGUACCUUUUCUACUUAAUCUCCGUUGCUGGGGACUUUAGACCUUGUAGAUAUAAAAACCUUCCGAAGCCAACCGGACAGACUGCGGGGCUGCGUGUACCAGUUUCUCUGUCUCGUUUCAGGCAGGUCAAGGAUCAAAUUCUCUGUUCGUCAGAGACAAAGCUGGUCAUGGGGAGCAAGAGCUUCCUGGCUGCAGGCUUGCUACGGAACCAAGUGGCUAUUGUCACUGGUGGCGGCACAGGCAUUGGCAAGGCCAUAACCAGAGAACUGCUGCACCUAGACUGCAAUGUAGUUAUUGCCUCCCGCAAAUUUGAUAUAUUAAAAUCUGCGGCAGAAGAAUUGAAUGCCAGCCAGCUGCCCUCCAACUCAGCCAUUGUUACUCCCAUCCAGUGCAAUAUUCGAAAAGAAGAGGAGGUUAAUAAUUUGGUUAAAUCUACAUUAGAUCUCCAUGGCAAAAUCAAUUUCCUGGUGAACAAUGGAGGAGGCCAAUUCUUAUCUCCUUCUGAAUCUAUCACUUCAAAGGGAUGGAAUGCUGUGGUUGAAACCAACCUGACUGGUACCUUCUACCUUUGUAAAGCAGUUUACAAGUCCUGGAUGAAGGAACAUGGAGGGUCUAUUGUGAAUAUCAUUGUCCUGUUAAAUAAUGGAUUUCCUAAUGCUGUGCAUAGUGGAGCAGCAAGAGCAGGUGUUGAAAAUAUGAGCAAAACUUUGGCAUUGGAAUGGGCCAGCAAUGGAAUAAGAAUCAAUUGUGUUGCUCCUGGAAUAAUUUAUUCCCCAACAGCCUUUAAGAACUAUGAAGGAACAAUCGUAAUUGAAGAAUACUUUCAAAAUUGUCCAGCUAAGAGAUUUGGUGUUCCUGAGGAGGUCUCUUCCCUUGUAUGUUUCUUGUUAUCUCCCAUGGCCUCAUAUAUUACAGGACAAACAGUGAAUGUGGAUGGUGGUCAAUCUUUGUAUUCUCAAUCAUGGGACAUACCAGACCAUGAUAACUGGCCUGAUGGACCAUGGGAUGUUUCCACAGUCAAAAGAAUGAAAUCUGCCUUUAAGAAUAAAUCCAAACUUUAAACUAACGAGAAGGAGAAAAUGAGGACUGUUUUACUUGCAUACAAAGAAGUGAAUUUACCAUUUCCUGGGAGUUUAUUCUUUGUAUGGAAAAUUUGUUGCUGAUUUUUGAAAUUAUUAUUUGUAUUGUAGCUUAAAAUAUGCCUCUUAAGACUUUUAAAACAGUGCCUUGGCUUGCAUGUUUUUUAAAGUUUUAAAAUCAUGUAGAUGACUAAGAGAUUGGAAAAAUAUACACCAAAUAAUCAUUUCUUAUGUUCUGAUCCUUAUCUGUUAACAUGAGAAGUACAUGGAGAGAUAAAAUAUACUUGUUUACCCUUUUAAACAGUUAAAUGAAUAAAAAAAUUAAUGUUGGUA